CGCUGUUGUUCGUGUGAGAUUGGAGGCAGAACCCAGGAAAACGAGGAAGAAAACAUUCUCCGGAAGCCACUUUUUGUGAGCACGCGGUACGUCCGGCCUUUCCCCCAGGACAACGACAGGCGAUAUGGCCAAGAUAAAGGCAAGAGAUCUGCGGGGCAAGAAGAAGGAGGAGCUGCUCAAGCAGCUGGAUGACCUGAAAAAUGAAUUGUCUCAGCUCCGUGUGGCCAAAGUGACUGGUGGAGCUGCUUCCAAGCUGUCCAAGAUCCGCGUUGUCCGCAAAUCUAUCGCCAGAGUCCUGACUGUCAUUAAUCAGACUCAAAAGGAGAAUUUGAGGAAGUUCUACAAGGGCAAGAAGUACAAGCCCCUGGAUCUGAGACCCAAGAAGACCCGAGCUCUGCGUCGCCGCCUCAACAAGCACGAAGAGAAUCUGCGGACCAAGAAACAGCAGAGGAAAGAUCUCCUUUACUCAGUCCGCAAAUUUGCCCUCAAAGCUUGAAGCUUUUUCUAUUGACAAAAUAAAAUGUGUAAAUCAUA